UUUCCAAGCUUCAAUAAAUGUACAAAUGCUGUGUUUCAUCAUGACUGUAGGAGUCAGUGGAGUCCACUGCGAGGAGCACAGUUAUGGCUUUGAGGAGCUGUCCUUCAUGGAGUUCCCCCCAUUGGAUCGCAGGACUAAUUUAAUCUCUCUAGAGUUUGCAACGGUGCAGAGGAACUCCCUGCUCCUGUACAACCAUGGAGGAUCAACCAGCAGGGAAUUCUUUGCACUGGAGAUAUUAGAUGGGGCCAUAAAUCUCUCUUAUGACCUGGGCUCAGGACCUGUGAGGCUACAGACACAAAAGCAAGUGGCAGAUGGAUAUUUUCACAGUGUCACUGUCAGGAGGAUUGGGAAUAUGGGUUCUCUGGAUGUGGACAACUGCACAGAUGUUGAAAACAGUGGAUUUUGUUUUUCUCAAAGUGAUGGCAGGAGCUUAAUGAGAACACUAGAUGUUGGCAGUAAUAUGACAUUUGGAGGAACAAGGACUUUUGAAUCUAUUUUACUGCAUCCUGCUCAGAUUAAAACACAUGACUUCACUGGAUGCAUUCGUAACAUUCAUGUGAAUGGCAUCCUGCUGCGACCUGCAAUGGCCCUUGCAACAUAUAACAUCCUAGAUAGAUGUCCUCGGACAACACCAUCACCAUGUCACAGCAAUCCAUGUAAGAAUGGUGGCAUGUGCCGUGACCUUUGGUCUGACUAUCUUUGCGACUGCAAAAGCCCUUUUACUGGAAGCAACUGCGCUAAAGAAAUGUCAGAGGAGCUUGUGUUGCGAUUUAAUGGCAAUGACUACAUUGAGUAUGUCAUCAAGGAGCGAUUCAAGAGAGACUACCUGCUGAAGGACUUGCUGGAUGAUGAAAAAAAGGGAAACAAUAGAGACCGAACAGUGAUUAACAUCAAGUUCAAGACCCAGGAUCAUGGAGUGUUAGUAUUUAUUGUUGGACAGACAGGAUACACAGUGCUGACGAUAAAAGACGGAAAGCCUGUGUACAUUUCCAAAGAUACACUAUCAGGACACCUGUCAGAGUUGACUGUGGACUCUCCUGUAGCUGACGGGGUCUGGCAUGUCCUCUCCUUGUUCAGCAAUGGACAAAACAUCUUUCUGGUUCUAGAUGGUAAAUCUGUCUUGAACAUUACUGGCCGCAGUAUGGAUCUCACUCCUGUUAGUGUGGAAAAGAUCAUUUUUGGUGCAGCUCUCACAGAUGAUUCAAAGCUUCAACAGUCAGGAUUCAUUGGAUGUGUGCAGUAUUUCAACGUGAGCAAUUACACUCUGCCUCUCAGUGGACACAGCACGAUGGUGGACGUCUACCCGAGCACAACUCUGGUCCAGUCGAACUGCAGCUCUCAUGGUGUCUGCCUCCCCUCGCCCUGUUCUGAGGAGAACACCACCAGGAGGCGCUGUGUCUCAGCACACUGUCAAAACCGAUGGAGUGCGUGUGGACCUGCCAUGCAGAACAGAUCCUGCAUCUGUUUGUAUAACAUCUCUGACCACACCUGUGAUGUCUGCAUCUCUACAACAGAGAGCAAUGAUCGAUGCUCUGAGGAGCAGGGCAGCGCUCCUCUGUGGCUCAUAGCUGUGAUUCUUCCUCUAAUCACCAUUUUGGUGAUUAUAAUAAUGUUUGUCGCCCUUUACAGAGCGAGGCAGCAGACUGUGAAGUGUCAGAGUGAUACCUCGCCACAGAAAACAGAACAUGGGACAGACAAUGUAGCGUUCUGCUUUGAUGACACUAGAAUGCUCACAGAUGCUGCAUCUGCAGAAAAAGAGAAACAACACGACCCAGUGAGUGCUGAUCAGCAGAGGUUGGGUGGGGAAUUUUACGGUGAUGCCGGUUUGUCAAGUGUUCAGCCGGUGCCUGACAGUGAGCUGGAAUAUUAUGAAAUCGGCAGCAUCUCCAGUGCACUACAUUCAGACACUGCCUCGCUAAAGCUGAGCUGGCACAAACAUAUGUACAGCACAAAGUGUGUGAAAGCUGAUCCUAAACGGUGGGGAGAUUUGAGGAUGCUAUUAUCAGGAUUUAAGAAAGAACACUCCAGUGAGGAGAGGGCAAAAAGUCCUACGAAGCCUCAAGAUGUGGCUCUCCUAAACAAACAGUUGUUGACUAGGAUUGAUGCAGGGCAGACCCAGCGUACACCGCCUUCUUACAAAAGAAGGUUCUUGCAAGCAGACUUCCUGGAACCUGUACAAUGCCUUACUUUUGAAGAGAUUAGUAAACUCAAUGCUCCACAGGAUAAAACAAUGUCACAUCGAGCAUCCCCGAGGUCUGGACCCACCAAGUCCACUAUGAUGACUGGUGCCUCAUCUGACAGUGAAACAGACAGCACAUUCACCUGCUCGGAGUCUGAGUGUGGGCACUUUUCUAUCAGCAGGAAAUGUAUACAUGAUCAGUCAUCCCUGUCAGCAGGCAGCAUCAGACAACAAAGCAACCUGCCUUUCAGCUCAUUUUUGAAGCACACCUGUCACUCUGCUGCAGGUCAGCAUGAAGUUGACAGUGCUCCCUCCAGUAUGUUUGAGCAGUGGGAAAAUAUUUUAAAUAUGCAACUACCUUUUAGCAGCUAUGCUCCAGUCUUUGAGGAUAUAGCAAACCUACCCAGUGACCCCAGUCAUAAUGAUAUGCAGAGUGACACAGAGGAAAUUAUUUGA